AUGGUUCUUAGGAGUCACCCCUUCCCCAGGCUAGAGAGGCCCCAAGGGACAGCCCUAAGGGCAGCUCCAGAGAGCCCUAGAGAGCCCUGUACUUUCACAGCCUCGGAGAACAGGGAGCCUGGUUCUCUCCCUGAAGGGGCCAUCCCUAGUCUCAAGGACAGGCAUGGCUCCCCAGCUGGGGUGGCUACAGGGGCUGGCACAGGGGGCCUGGCUGAGGCAGGAUGUCAGCCGCAGCACAGAAGCUCUGAGGCUAACGAGGCUGCAGUGCCCAGGGCCCCAGCUCCGCUGUCGCUGUCGGAGCAGAGGAAGCCUGGCCCUGCACCCAUUCCCUCUGCCAGGCGGGACCCGCAGCCUGUCCCCAGGCCACGGAAACACAGCAUGUGUGAACUAGCCAAGAGCUCUGAGCUGAAGGCCAGCCAGGCGGCCCCAGGAGAGGCGCCAGGGAAGAGGCCCAGCCCUGUAGGCAGCAGGGAGGUCCUCACAGAGGAGCAGAAAGAGGCCCGCAAACUCAUGGUGUUUCUGCAGAGGCCUGGGACCUGGGGGGUGGUGGAGGGGCCCCGGAAGCCCAGCUCCCCUGCCCGGGAGCCGGCUUCGGCAGCAGCUCUGCAGCGGCGGCUGGACCUGGGCAGCUGCCUGGAUGUCCUGGCCUUUGCCCAGCAGCACGGGCAACCCGUCCUGGCCCAGGAGACCUAUGCUUUGAUGAGCGACAAUCUGCUGCACGUGCUGGGCGACCCGAACCUCUACCGGCAGCUGAGUGGGGCCGACCGGGAGCGCAUCCUGAGCCUUCGAACUGGCAGGGGCCAGGCUGUGCUGGGGGUCCUCGUGCUGCCCAGCCUCUACCAGGUGAGCCGUCCAGGGCUCACAAGGGGCCCUCGAGUGGAGGAGGCUCCUGCCACAGGUCCUGCGCCCCUGCCUCCUCCAUCGCACCUGCACGUGUUCAACCCCCAAGAGAACACCUGGCGGCUCCUGACCCAGGUGCCGGAAGAGGCCCCGCUGCGGGGCUGUGGCCUCUGCACCAUGCACAACUACUUGUUCCUGGCAGGGGGCAUCCGUGGCUCAGGCUCCAAGGCCAUCUGUUCCAAUGAGGUCUUCUGCUACAACCCUCUGACCAACAUCUGGAGCCAGGUGCGGCCCAUGCAGCAGGCCCGUGCCCAGCUCAAACUGGUGGCCCUGGACGGGCUGCUCUACGCCAUCGGUGGCGAGUGCUUGUACAGCAUGGAGCGCUACGACCCCCGCACAGACACCUGGACCUCACGGGCGCCCCUCCCCGCAGGCACCUUCCCUGUGGCUCACGAGGCUGUGGCCUGCCGUGGGGACAUCUACGUCACUGGGGGCCACCUCUUCUACCGCCUGCUCAGGUACAGCCCGGUGAAGGAUGCGUGGGAGGAGUGCCCCUAUAGCGCCAGCCACCGGCGUUCCAGCGACAUGGUGGCACUGGGGGGCUUCCUGUACCGCUUUGACCUGCUGCGGGGGGUGGGUGCCGCUGUGAUGCGCUACAACACCGUGACAGGCUCCUGGAGCAGGGCCGCCCCCUUGCCCCUGCCGGACCCUGUCCCGCUGCGCUGCACCGUGCUGGGCAACACCAUCUACUGCCUCAACCACCAGGUCACUGCCACCUUCACGGUCUCCGAGGGGACUGCCCAGUUCCAGGCCAAGGAGCUGCAGCCUUUCCCCCUGGGGAGUAAAGGGGUCCUCUGUCCAUUCAUCCUGACUCUGCCCCCCUCGGACCCGCUACAGACUUCCCUCUGAGCUGCGCCAGGACUGCCGUGCCCCUCUUCAGGCAGACUCUGGGCCAGGCUGUGAGGCGGGUGGGGCAGGGGAAAGGGGCUGCUCUUCUUUCUGGGACAACUUUCCUUUUCUGUUAUAAUGAGCCUCAUGUCUGGCCCUCCUUCUCCUGCGCGAGAGCCAGGCUCCCUGUACCUGGAAGCUGGUGGCGUGGCGUCCCUACCACAGCCACGUGCCUCCUGCUUUAUUAUUGAGUCCUUGCUCCAGUGCCUCAGCUUGCUCUCAGGAAUCCUUCUCCGUGCAAAGGACCCCCACCGGCCAGAUUCCUGCCACAGCACCAACCACACUGCCUGGAAAUAAUCCGCCAGGGACCCCGGGGUCCCCAUGAACCUGGACUUGGCUGGCUGAGGAGUUGGCAACUGCUGGGCCCAGGAAGGAGAUGGCUUCCCUAGGCCUCCCAGCUAGGCAAGAGGCCCAUGAGGGGCUGGAAGAGGGAACAGGGAACAAAUAAGUCUCCAGAAAAACGUUCUAGCCUCUGGGAUUUUCUGCCCGUCCUGAGGCCUUGGGGAACCUGGCUUGGCUGUUCCCAGAAACAACUCUUAGGUCCCCUUUGUCUGAAACCCUUGUCUGUGACACUGCUCUGCUGUCUGGAGCCCCUGCCCAUAACCCCAGCCUAGACCAGGACUGCUGGGGCUCAUGUCCUUCUGCAGCCUUGUGGGGUCUCUCCCACCUGCUCAGCCCCUCCAUUUCCCACCCCACUUCCCACUAACUCUCUUCUUACAUGAGACCUGGGCGCACCCCAGCUCUGCCCCUUAUUAGCUGUGGGACUUGGGCGAGACAUCUGUCUUCUCACCUGUGAAGUGGGGAUAAUGGGCAUGUCACUCAGGGGAAUUCUGAGAACAUAGGUCACAUAUAUGAGCACCUGGCACAGCCCACUUUGGAACCCUCCACAGGAAGGAAAAUA